AUGGAUGGGACGGACAAGGAUGGACAGAAGCACGGACGGACAGAUGGAGAGAUGACCGGACAGCUUAAGACAGACGAACGUACGGUCUGGCACGUGGAUGGACAGAGAGACACGCAGUUACGUGGACACGCGGUCGGACGGCAACGCGAUUGGUCGCACACCAUAAUCGGACGGACGGACGGACGGACGGACGGACGGACGGACGGACGGACAGACAGGCGGUCGGACGGAGAGACUGGCGGUCGGACGGAGAGACUGGCGGACAGAGUGGCAAGUGAACUGACGGACAGGCGUUGGCGUCCGCUGGGCGCGCUGGCGGGCGGCGCGCGGGGAGGCGGAGGGCGGUGCGCGGGCUUCGCGCUGCUGUCGGCGUGGGCGUGGGGCGCUGCGGUGGCGCUGACGGCGCUGUGCGUGGCGGCGCACGGCAACGCGCAGCGGCUGAGCGACGGGGGCCUCUACGCGCCCUCGCUCUUCGAGACCAGGACGUGCUUCUUCGAGGUCGUCUACACCGAGCGCCAGCGCAGAGGUGCUUUCGCAGACGCGACUUUUGGGUGUAUUUGUUGCUAG